AUGCAUUUUCCCAGAGAAGGAGCAUCUGAAGAGUUUAAGACGCUGGGGAAAGAGAGUCUUGCUGCUUGCUUGUGGGACUUGCCUUGGAAGGUAGAUAGGUUCACUGCAUCCUCCAACUUUUUAUUUCUGAAGAAAGUGACUUUUGAAGGUGUAGCUAUUGACUUCACCCAGGAAAAGUGGGCCAUGAUGGACACAUCCAAGAGAAAGCUGUACAGAGAUGUGAUGCUGGAAAAUAUCAGUCACCUGGUGUCCCUCGGGUACCAGAUAAGCAAAUCCUAUGUAAUUUUGCAGCUGGAGCAAGGAGAAGAGCUGUGGCGGGAAGGAAGAGAAUUUCUUUGAGACCAGAAUCCAGACAGGGAAAGUGCCCUUAAGAAAAAACACAUGAUAUCCAUGCAUCCUAUCAUCAGAAAAGAUGUAUCCACCAGUAUGACAAUGGAGAACACUCUCAUUCUGGAGGAUCCUUUUGAAUGUAAUGAUUCGGGAGAAGAUUGCACUCACAGUUCCACAAUAACUCAGUGUUUGUUAACUCGUAGUGGAAAGAAACCCUAUGUCAGCAAACAGUGUGGAAAAUCCCUUCUUAAUCUUUUGUCCUCUAAACCACGUAAACAAAUUCAUACUAAAGGUAAAUCAUAUCAGUGUAAUCUAUGUGAAAAGGCCUAUACUAAUUGCUUUCACCUUAGACGGCACAAGAUGACUCACACUGGAGAGAGGCCAUAUGCAUGUCAUCUACGUAGAAAAGCCUUCACUCAGUGUUCUCACCUUAGAAGACAUGAGAAAACUCACACGGGACAGAGACCAUAUAAGUGUCAUCAAUGUGGGAAAGCCUUUAUUCAAUCCUUUAACCUUCGAAGACAUGAGAGAACUCACCUUGGAAAAAAGUGUUAUGAAUGUGAUAAAAGUGGGAAAGCCUUUAGUCAAAGCUCUGGCUUUAGAGGAAACAAAAUAAUUCACACUGGAGAGAAACCACAUGUUUGUCUUCUAUGUGGGAAGGCCUUGAGUCUGUCUUCCGACCUUAGAUGACAUGAGAGAACACACACUGGAGAAAAGCCAUAUGAAUGCCAUUUAUGUGGGAAAGCCUUCAGUCAAUGUACUAAUCUUAAAUAGCAUCAGAAAAUUCACCCUGGAGAGAAAAUUAUAAACUUCUUCAAAACAUAUUCUGACUUUAGAUGACACGGUGUUAGGAAUGACGAAGGUAAGGAAUGUGGAAGAGACUUCAGCUGUAGUUGUAGCAUCUAAACAUGCCA